AGCGUGUGUGUGUGUGUGUGUGUGUGUGUGUGUGUGUGUGUGUGUGUGUGUGUGUGUGUGUGUGUGUGUGUGUGUGUAUUUGUUCUGAAUGGCUCCUCAACCGGUCAGAGUCAGCAGCGUCUGUGCACAGAGGUGACUAUGCCCCGUGUGUGUUUGAAGCAGAGGACACGUCUGUCUGCUUUAUUCUUUCACACCUUGUCCUGGGCCUGUUCAGCAUCCAUAGACCCCGCCCCCAAAAUUGACGGACAGCGGACCUCGUCGGUUACCGUACAGGAGAACGUCACUCACCACUUCAGCUGCCAAUCAGAGGGCUGGGAUGCUCAAGCCCCGCCCCUGCUCACCUGGUACCUGAAUGGCGAGCGGCAGAGCGAGGUGACGGGCCGCCGGGGGGCGGGGCGUCUGGUGAUGACAUCAUCGCAGGAUUCCGGAACCCUUAAAUACGGAUCAGAGCGCAACAGCACGUUCACACUGAAGCCGAAGCGCUGGGACCGAGAGCUGGUGUGUGCGGCGCGAAACCCCGCGAGAGGAGAGAGCUACAAUGCCAGCGUCACGCUCAACGUCCAGUUCCAGCCAGAGAUCCUGCGUGUGGAUGCUCACUACAGCCAGAGCUCGGACCCAGGCCUCGCCCUCAUUCUCUUCGCUUUGGUUCGCUCCAACCCCCCCGCCACCAUCCGCUGGGUGGAUCAGUCCGGUCAGCUGCUGGCCAACAGCUCCGACUUCCUCAUCCUGGACUCGCGCAGCUUACCCUGGCUGACCAAUCACAGCCUGCAGCUCACCCUCAGCAGCCUAUCAGGAAACAUCACUGUGAAUGCCAACAACAGCCUCGGCUCCGCCCACAGCAACCUCACGCUCACAGAGUUCCUGCAGUCGCGUGUGGAGGUGCCGGUGUUCGGGAUUGUGACGGGUGGCGUCGCCGGCUUCAUCACCCUCCUCAUCUUCACCCUGAUGGUGUUCUUCCUCCUUCAGAAGGACAAAACCAAAGCCCUCGAGGAGCCUGCAGUGCGUCUCUCCUGCAAACGCAGUGAGAACAGCGUGUAUCUGCCGCGGGAGAACAUGUCUCUGCCGUCACACGUGCAGCUGAACGAGGACCGAGCGCUCUGUAAGGGACAGAGCUCCAGACCCAACACGCUGGAGAGGAGACGCGCCGAGGACGAGGACGAGGACCUGUCCGCAGCCUACGCCGCCCGAGGUUUCGCUCGCUAUCCGAUGGUCGGCUACAUCUAUAAAGUCAGCAGCACCAGCAGCGACGAGAUCUGGCUCUGAUUCAGAACCAUGAUGACCCACCGCUGACCUCUGACCUCUGACCUCACGCCCGGACGAGACUGACGAAUCUCUCACGCAUCAAGCCUCAUAUCUGAGAUCUUGACGUGAUUGACUGACAGUGUCCUGCUGAAGAACUGCAUUACCCAUAAUCCCCUGAUCCGAGAUACCACUGUUACUAUGGAAACACCGUUCAGAGGCUGUUUCCACACUAGCUACAUUAGUUAACUGAAGCAGUGGUGAUGAUGAGUCCUGAAAUGUUUGCGAAAUCAGAGAAAAAGAGUUUAAAUCACAGACUGAUUCAGUGACGUCAAACACAGGGAAUCAUGGGAGCUGUAGUUCAUUCAGAUCAUUAAUAUUUUAUUUGGUGUUUCUUCAUCAGAUGUGGUCAUGUUCUCAGAGUUAGUUAUGAAGAAACGUUCUUUCAGUUUUCUGGCUUCCUCAAAACAACAUUUAUACAUUAUGAAACAUUUUUAUAAAACAUUUCAGUUGGACGUCAUCUAACUUUUUAAAAUGUUACUAUUAGUCUCAGAUGAUUCAGAGAACAUUCAAACGUAACGUUCACGGAACGGUUGCAGAAUUCUAAAAUGGAACACUCCCUUAAUGUUCACAGAACCAACAUGAAAACGUUUUGAACUUAAUGGGAAUGUUAACGUUUAUAGAACAUAUUUAUAGUCUGUAUUGACGAAUCUCUGAAAUGCGUCUCGAGGGAAUCAGUGUGAACGGAAGUGAAUCAGAUCAGAAUGAUUUGCACAAACCGUUCGCCUGAUCAUCACUGUAUGUGAAUACUUAAACAUCGACAGACUGUACAUACCUGCUUUCCUCAGUAUUUACCCACAGUUCUUUGCUGCUAUACGGAAUGCUGCAUUAUAUUUGUUUAAUAUAAAGGAAUGUUCAGUAAAUCUGCAGAUAUGUGAGAUAAAUAUGUAAGAAAUCUAUAUAUUUAAAUGAAUAUAAAGCGUAUUGUUGAUAAGGUGUUAUGAUCAUAUGCAUAUGUAUAUUUACUGUAAGUAUAUUUGUAAAGCUCAUUAUGAAUCUGUACAUAUCAAUAUAUUCAAUAACGCAUGUCACUGUGUUUCCAUCCAGCAGGAGGCGCUACUAGUUAAGCUGCAGCUGUGGCUGUUAACCUGAGCUUAAGUAGUACUAGUUAAUUAUUGUCUCUUGUUUGUGUAUUAUUAUUCAUAUGAUGAAAUACCUCAAUAAAUCAUAAUGAUCGCACAGUC